GAGGAGGAGGAACGCGAAGAGGAAUGGACGGAGGCGCCGGAUCCAUAUCUCCAGCUCAAGAGGAAAAGGGCAUCGGCAAGGGUCACUAGGUCGCAGCAGCGAAAGGUGCCGGCGCCCGCACAGCAACGAGGCAAGGAAGGGGAGCAACCUAGCAAGUCGAAGAAGCCCAAUUCAAAGAAAAUCACUCGGGCUCGGGCGCCAUUGCAGCAACAGCUUAGCCAGUCGGAGAUGCCCAAGUCAAAGAAAAUCACUCGGUCUCGGGCGGCAUUGCAGCAACAGCUUAGCCAGUCGGAGAUGCCCAAGUCCAAGAAACUCACUCCGGCGCCGGUACAGCAGCAAGGCGAGGAAAGAGCACAGCCUAGCGGGUCGGAGAUGCCCAAGUCAAAGAGAAUCAGGCGUACAUGGACUCCCAGCGACGAGGUUCAGAUUCUCACGGCGCUCCUCGAGCACCGCCGCGAGCAGGGGAAGCUGCCAGAGCCGGAUAACAAUGACUUCUUCGACUCCGUCGCGGAACGCCUCGAGGACAAGAGCUGCACUCGUUCCACUAUCAAGGACAAAGUGCGUAGUCUGAUGCGCCGCUACAAAUCCUAUGUUGCACCUACUACUGACCACGAGCACCGCCUUGCGGAUCUGUCCAACAGCAUCUGGGGAGACCUGCCGGCGACCCACGCUGCCAACGCCAACAAUGGCGAUGGCGAACAGGAUGAGGGGGAGCACGCCAUGUCUGAGGCUGAGGCUGAGAAUAGUAGUGGCCAGACUCUGGACAAGACCUUCGAGGAAAUGUGUGAGAUGUAUCCUCUUCUUGGGCAGGAGGUGAAGCGGCUCGCAGGGGUACAGCCUGCCCUCAGAACCUCCUUCACUGGAUUAGAUGGCAACAAGGCACUCUUAAUGGAGAAGAAACUGGAUAAGCUCAAAUGGAAAGAGUUGAAGAUCCAGGCGGAGAUGGAAGCCAAGGUAGAAGCACCAAAGGCAAGGGUUAGGAAGGAGCUUGUCAAUGUUUUAUCGGAGGUUUCCAAGAAUUUAUGAAGGAAUUGCUCUAUGCUUGGAUGUCUUUGCCUAGAGCAGGUGAUCAAGCUAGGAUUUUACUGCUCCAGAGUUCACUCAAUUCUGAAUAGGCUUAUGGUGAAGAGGUCAUGGAGGACGCGCUGGCAGACUCGUUAGUAACUAGAGUCGAGCACGUGAGUAGCCUAGGUUAGUGGGUAGAGUAUUAACAUAGUUAAACCUUUUGGCGUUGGGAUUUUGCUGAUGUGUCGGGCAGAAAAUCAAGGCAUGUAGUAAUGAAGUGUUCUGAGAUGGUUCUUGUUUGCCCUCUGGUAAGAUUUGACGACAGUGUUUGGUUGGUGAAAAGAGAGUGGAGCGUUAUGUAGCAGUGGUAGUCAAGGGAGCAUUCUGGUACAAUAUCAUGUCUAUGCAAUGAUGAUUUGAUAAUGUCAUGCCUGAUCGGAAUGUCCCACAUA